AUGAACACCAGCGCCGUCGAGAGCAAGUUCCUCGCCAAGCCGGACGAGCUCGGCAUCGUCGCCGUGGGCUUCUCUGGAGGACAGCCCAAGGCCGGUGUCGACGCCGGUCCCGCCGCCCUCAUCGAGUCGGGCCUCCUCAGCGAGAUCAGCAAUGAGCUCGGCUACAAGAUCCACGGCGACACGCAGGUCAACGUCUACAAGGACCUCGCGCCCGAGCAGGACCCCGACUACCGCGGCAUGAAGAACCCGCGCAACGUCUCGGCCGUCAACAGGAAGCUGCAGUCGCAGGUCUACGAGCACGCCAAGGAGGGCCGCCUGGUGCUGACGCUGGGCGGCGACCACAGCGUCGCCAUCGGCACCAUCACGGGCUCGGCCAAGGCCAUCCGCGAGCGCCUCAACCGCGAGAUCGCCGUCAUCUGGGUCGACGCCCACGCCGACAUCAACCGGCCCGAGGACAGCGACAGCGGCAACAUCCACGGCAUGCCGCUGGCCUUUGCCACGGGGCUGGCCCGCGACGACAAGGACGAGUACUUUGGCUGGAUCACCGACGACAUGCGCCUGAGCGUCAAGAAGCUCGUCUACAUUGGCCUGCGCGACGUCGACGCCGCCGAGAAGCGCAUCCUGCGGGAGCAUGGCAUCAAGGCCUUUUCCAUGUUUGACGUCGACCGCCACGGCAUCGGCCGCGUCAUGGAAAUGGCCCUCGCCCACAUCGGCAGCGACACCCCCGUCCACCUGUCGUUUGACGUCGACGCCCUCGACCCCAUGUGGGCGCCCAGCACCGGCACGCCCGUCCGCGGCGGCCUGACCCUGCGCGAGGGCGACUACAUUUGCGAGUGCGUCCACCAGACGGGCCAGCUGGUCGCCAUCGACCUGGUCGAGGUGAACCCGGCGCUCGCGGCCACCGAGGCCGGCGCCCAGGAGACGGUCCGCGCGGGCUGCUCGCUCGUGCGGUGCGCCCUCGGCGACACGCUGCUGUAG